CGGUUUACACAAACGAAAGCAUUUAUAUUAAACGGUAAUUUCAUUUACUUACAAAAAACAUUUGAUUUUCAAAACAGUGAACAGAAAUCGACAGUUAUAGAAAUGAGUGAAAGUCCAAUCUAGUUUCAGGGGUCCGCUGUUCAAAGUUAGUCCAAACUACACCAUCCGUGACCAACAUGCCACGUGCAAAGGCUGGGACAGCUCCAGCCAAGAAGCCCAGAGUUUCAAAGAACAGUGGCCAUGUACUAGCUGAGAAGUUUCCAAAUGGUGAAAUGCUGCGAGACUUGUGUAAGAAGAACUGGCGGCUGGGAGAUGUUAUAGGGCAAGGUGGAUUUGGACUGAUUUACCUUGCCUCUGACCAAGAAACUUCCAAAGUGGGACCAGAUGCCAACUAUGUUGUCAAGAUAGAACCCAUCAGCAAUGGACCAUUAUUUUGUGAAAUGCAUUUCUAUCAACGAGUUGCCAAACCUGAAAUCAUUGAUAAAUGGAUACAGUCUCAGAAGCUCAAGUACCUUGGCAUUCCAAAAUACAUCGCCAGUGGUCAGCAUGUGUUCAAGGGCACCACCUAUCGUUUCAUGGUCAUGCAGAGAUUCGGUACAGACCUGCAGUUGAUCUUUGAAGGCGCUGGCAAACAGUUCUCGAAGCAAACAGUGUUUGCAUUGGCACUACGACUGAUAGACGCUCUUGAAUAUCUCCAUGACAACCACUAUGUACAUGCAGAUGUGAAGGCAGCCAAUUGCUUGCUGGGAUAUAAAAAUGGGAAAGUGGAGGCUGACGUUGUUUUCUUGGUGGACUAUGGACUAGCUUUCAAGUACGCCCCAGACGGUGAUCACAAGCCUUACAAAGAGGAGCCUAAGAAGGCCCAUGAUGGCACAAUAGAGUUCACAUCUAGAGACGCACACAAAGGUGUAGACCCCUCUCGAAGGGCAGACAUGGAGAUACUGGGGUACUGUCUGCUGCAGUGGCUCUGUGGGCGCCUGCCAUGGGAGGACAAACUGGCAGACAAAAACUAUGUGGCCGACUCUAAACACAAAUACAUGAAUGAUAUAUCUUCCUUGAUGAAGAAGUGCUUCCCAAACGGAAAUGCGCCAGCUGAGAUUUCCUCAUACCUGACAAUGGUAUCCAAACUGGAUUAUGAAAAGAAGCCCGACUAUUCGGAAAUGCGGAAAAUAUUCACACAAGGCUUGGCAGACCUCCACAUCAAGGACACCUGGAAGCUUGCUCUCCCGAUUGCUGGAGCCAAGCCUAGCACCCCUAUGGUCUCACCAAAGAAAGCAGUGAAAAGAAAGAUUCAGGACACAGACACAGAUGGAAAACAAAAGAAAGCAGAGACAGCAUUAGCAUCACCAAGGACCAAUACCCCCAACAACUCGAAGGCAAAGCCUCCUAGACAGACAGCUAAAACAACACCCGCAAAACCAGGUGCUAAACAAGCACCAAAACAGAAACCAGUUACACCAAGCUCUGCAGCCAAAAAGAAAUCACCAGUGAAAAAGGUUACAAAGUCCCCUACAGCUGCAGCGGCUUUGGCAAGAAAAGUUGGGGCCAAGACAAUCGCUGGUACUUUGAAAUCCCCUGCACUGUCAAGGCUUGCCUCGCCCAAGGGUUCAGUAUCUCCAGGGAUCAACAAUGGACCUAAAGCAAAACUAGUAAAAUCUCCUGCAGCAACACCACCAGCUGCUAAGAAGAGGAAAGUUGUGCGUAAGAAGAAUGUGAUGGUGACAGAGAUGGCUGUGCAGACAUCGCCAGGAUUGAAGAAAAACAGUUGACUGGACUUAUUGUGUACUACUGGCUAAUUUAAGUGUUUUAAAUAUGAACAUUUUUAGCUCAUCUAUUUUUUGAAAAAAAAUUAUGAGCUAUUGUCAUCACCUUGGCGUCGGGGUUGGCGUCGGCUUCCGGUUAAGUUUUGCGUUUAGGUCCACUUUUCUCAGAAAGUAUCAAUGCUAUUGCAUUCAAACUUGGUACACUUACUUACUAUCAUGAGGGGACUGGGCAGGCAAAGUUAGAUAACUCUGGCGUGCAUUUUGACAGAAUUAUGUGACCUUUUUAUACUUAGAAAAUUGAAAAUUUUGUGUUUAGGUCCAUUUUAAUCCUUAAGUAUCAAAGCUAUUGCUUUCAUACUUGCAACACUUACUAACUAUCAUAAGGGGACUGUGCAGGCAAAGUUAUGUAACUCUGACGGGCAUUUGGACGGAAUUAUGGGUCCUUUAUACUUAGAAAAUUGAAAAUUUGGUUAAGUUUUGUGUUUUGGUCCACUUUACCCCUAAAGUAUCAUAGAUAUUGCUUUCAUACUUGGAACACUCGCAAACUAUCAUAAGGGUACAAUAAAAGGACAAGUUGCAUAACUCUGGUUGUCAUUUUUACUGAAUUAUGGCCCUUUUUUGACUUAGUAACUUUGAAUAUAUGGUUAAAUUUUGUGUUUCGAUCCACUUUACUUCUAAAGUAUCAAGGCUAUUGCUUUCAAACUUCAAAUACUUUUAUGCUAUCAUGAGGUUACUGUACCUGUCAAGUUGAAUUUUACCUUGACCUUUGAAUGACCUUGACUCUCAAGGUCAAAUUAUUAAAUUUUGCUAAAAUUGCCAUAACUUCUUUAUUUAUGAUUAGAUUUGAUUGAUACUUUGACAAAACUACUCUUACCUGACAUACCACAAUAGACUCCACCCAAACCAUCCCCUGUGUCCCCCUCCCCUCCCC